AAAUCGGUCUCCGAUUUGCUUAACCGAUUCGGUCCGAAUUGCUGGGUUAGGCGUCUGAUUUUUUUUUUUUUCCAGUCACUAAUUACUUUAUUUUUUCAGCAGUAGUAGUAAACAUUGGAUUGAAGGUCACUUAACUCAAAAAAAGCCCAUGAGCUAGAGUAAUGAAAUGUUAAUUUUGAAACGAGCUUGUCUCUUCAAACCCAGAUUUGUCACUAUACGAACAAGCUCUUCUUCUUCUUCAAGCUACAUCGAUCGUCAUAUUAGUGUCAUUCUCUGCGAUAAAGUUUCGAGCUUAGAAUCUCUGCGUAGACACAACGCUCUUACCAUCACAGGAGGAAAUUCAGACAAUAUCUUCGUUGCUUCGAAGCUGAUUUCAUCUUACGCUUCUUACGGGAAACCCAAUUUGUCUUCCACAGUCUUUGAUUCGGUUAGUCGAAGAGAUGUGUUUCUAUGGAAUUCGAUUAUCAAAGCACAUUUCUCCAAUGGAGAUUACCCUCGAGCGUUGGGUUUCUUCUUCUCAAUGCUGUUGUCUUGCCAAUCGCCUGAUCAUUUCACUGUUCCGAUGGUUGUCUCUGCUUGCGCGGAGCUCUCGUGGCUUGGUGUUGGGAGUUUCGUUCACGGAUUAGCUCUGAAACACGGUGGUUUUGAUCGAAGCUGUGCAGUGGGAGCCUCCUUUGUUUAUUUUUACGCCAAGUGUGGGCGUUUAGAAGAUGUGUGUCUUGUGUUCGACGAAAUGCCUGAGAGAGAUGUGGUUGCUUGGACUGCGAUUAUAUCUGGGCAUGUGCAGAACGGAGAGAGCGAAAGAGGUUUGAAGUAUCUCUGCAAAAUGCACAGUGUUGGUUCUGAUGGUGAAAAGCCGAAUCCCAGGACAUUGGAAUGUGGAUUCCAAGCUUGUGCAAAUUUAGCCUCUUUGAAGGAAGGAAGGUGUCUUCAUGGACUUUCCGUCAAAAAUGGUUUAGAUUCUUCCAACAUUGUCAAGUCUUCGAUUUUUUCGUUGUAUUCAAAAUCCGAGAAUCCAACAGAGGCUUAUCUUUCUUUCCGUGAUCUCGGUGAUAAAGAUAUGUUUUCAUGGACAUCGAUUAUAGCUUCACUGGCGAGAUCAGGGAACAUGGAGAAAAGUUUUGAUAUGUUUUGGGAAAUGCAGAGAAAGGGAAUACAACCAGAUGGGGUUGUCAUUAGUUGUUUGAGUAAUGAGCUGGGUAAGAUGAUGCGUGUGGCUGAAGGUAAAGCCUUUCACGGAUUUAUCAUAAGGCAUUGUUUCACUUUAGACGGUACAGUUUGCGAUUCAUUGUUGUCUAUGUACUGCAAAUUCGAGCUUCUGUCGGUGGCUGAGAAGCUUUUCUGUAGUGGAGAAGGAAAUAAAGAAGCUUGGAAUACAAUGGUUAAAGGUUAUGGUAAAAUGAAAUGCAACGUGAAGUGUAUCGAGUUAUUUAGAAAGAUUCAGAAUCUUGGAAUCGAAGUUGACUCUGCUAGCUUGGCCUCUGUCAUAUCUUCAUGUUCCCACAUAGGAGCGGUGCUAUUGGGAAAGUCGUUGCAUUGCUACGUUGUCAAAACUAGCUUAGAUCUUACCACGUCAGUGGUCAAUUCCCUCAUUGAUUUGUAUGGAAAGAUGGGAGAUUUGACUGUUGCUUGGAGGGUGUUUCGUGAAGGACAUAAGAACACUGUCACUUGGAACGCAAUGAUUGCAUCUUAUGUUCACUGUGAGCAAUUCGACAAAGCCAUUGAGCUGUUCGAUAAAAUGAUCUCUGAGAGUUUCAAACCCAGCUCAAUUACUUUGGUGACUGUGCUUAUGGCUUGUGCCAAUACUGGAUCUCUGGAGAGAGGGCAAAAGAUUCAUCAGUACAUCACUGAAACAGAGCACAGCAUGAAUCUUUCUCUUACAACUGCUUUGAUUGACAUGUACGCGAAAUGUGGACGGCUUGAAAAGUCACGAGAACUAUUUAACGCUGCAAAUCAAAAGGAUACAGUUUGUUGGAAUGUGAUGAUCACAGGGUACGGAAUGCAUGGAAAUGUUGAAUCGGCCUUGGAACUUUUUCAGCAGAUGGAAGAGUCUGGUAUCAAACCAACCGGGUCUACAUUUCUCGCCCUUCUAUCAGCUUGCGCGCACGCUGGUUUAGUUGAACAAGGCAAAAACCUUUUUCUCAAGAUGCAUCAGUACGACGUGAAACCAAACUUAAAGCAUUACUCUUGCCUCGUGGACCUUCUUUCUCGGUCUGGUGAUUUGCAGGAAGCUGAAACAACAGUCAUGUCAAUGCCAUUCUCACCAGACGGGGUUAUAUGGGGAACUUUGUUGAGCUCGUGCCUGACUCAUGAGGAGUUUGAGAUGGGGAUACGAAUGGCAGAGCGUGCGGUUGCUAGCGAUCCGCAGAACGAUGGAUACUAUAUAAUGCUUGCGAACAUGUAUAGUGCUGCGGGUAAGUGGGAACAAGCGGAGAGAGCGCGAGAGAUGAUGAGAGAAAGCGGAGUGGGGAAGAGAGCUGGACAUAGUGUAGUCUAGUGUGAAUGCCUCAUGACCAUUAUCUUGUUUAUUGGGUGGAGAGAUUCUUG